UCUUCUGGAGCUACUUUUUCGCUUUGAGAUCCAUCUUUUGCAGUGGAACUUGGCGAUUGCAUAGUUAGAGACUUUAUUAUGUAAUAUCAACAUCUCAUCACCCUCAAGUUAAAUGCACAGUGCCUUCAAAAAUCAGUCAUUCACCUUUUAAGGUCUUUGUUCGACUUGGUGAAGGCACUGUAUUUGGAGAAUUAUCCAUUUUGAACAUUCCUGGUAACAAAAAUGGCAAUCGUCGUACAGCUAAUGUACGAUCGGUUGGCUAUUCGGAUCUCUACGUACUUAGCAAGGACGAUUUAUGGGCUGCUCUGAGGGAAUAUCCGGAAGCUAAAUAUUCCCUCAUGGAAAAAGGGAGAAAUAUCCUGGCAAAAGACAAUUUACUAGAAGAAGUGGCAGAUGAAGAAGAGCUCGAUCAAGAUGCACCAGUUGAAGAACAACUAGCUUAUGCUGCUAGAGUGAUUAAAGAGAUUGAGGCACAAUUGGAUGAGGCUGAGAAGAAGUUCUAUGUUUGUUACCUCAUUUUUUUCUUGUAG